AUGGGGGUGUACGUGACAGGAUUGGUGGGUGUGAUCGUUUUCUACGUGGCGGUGUUGGGCAUUGGAAUCUGGGCGGCCUCAGUGAAGAAGAAAAAGUGCCGAGGCCAAGAAGCCAUGAUACUGGCGAAUCGUGGCCUAGGGCCGGUUCUCGGUGCCUUCACUUUGAUCGCCACGUGGGUAGGCGGCGCCUACGUGAACGGGACCGCUGAAGUGAUGUUUACCAGAGGAUUGGCCUGGUGUCAAGUGCCCUUCGGCUACAGCCUCAGUCUGCUGUUCGGUGCGGUGCUGUUCGUACGGCCAAUGAGGAAAGCGGAACACGUGACGAUGUUGGAUCCGUUUCAAGAGAGAUACGGUGCCGGAGUUGGAGGACUGCUGUUCCUGCCUGCCCUAUGCGGCGAUCUGUUCUGGUGCGCGGCGGUGCUUAGAGCUCUGGGGACCUCGUUGGCUGUGGUGGCUGGCGUGGAUCCGAACAUCAGUAUGAUCGCCUCAGCGCUCUUGGCAGGCGUGUACACGUUGUUCGGUGGAUUGUACUCGGUCGCGUGUACCGAUGCUUUGCAGCUAGCCUACAUCAUAAUCGGCUUAGGAGUGGCUGCGCCGUUUUCCGCUCUCCACCCUGCUGUGUCGUUCGAGAAGAAUCUCACCCCGCACGAAUGGCUAGGGGAAAUCAAGAACGAGGACCUCGGCGAGUGGGUGGAUUGCAUGCUGUUGCUGGUAUUUGGCGGUAUACCUUGGCAGGGCUAUUUCCAAAGGAUCCUAAGUAUGAGAAGCACAUCAGUGGCGACUGCGUUAUCGAUAGCGUCGAUGUUCGGUUGCAUGAUCCUUGCAUUUCCAUCUGCACUGAUCGGUGUGGUAGCUCGUGCCACGGACUGGUCCUUAGUCGAGGGAUUUAACAAGAGCAUCAUAGCACACGAUGGAAACGCGGCUCUACCGAUCGUCCUUAGAUACCUAACACCACACUGGGUCUCCUUUAUCGGUCUGGGCGCCAUUUCAGCGGCAGUGAUGUCGUCAGCAGAUUCGAGUAUAUUGGCCAGCAGUUCCAUGUUCUCCAGGAACGUGUACAGACUCACACUAAGGCCAAAAGCGUCCGAAAGGGAACUGAACUGGAUACUGCGGAUCUCUGUACUGGUGAUCACAGUUCUGUCGAUCGCGAUCGCGCUCACAGUGGACAGCGUUUAUUAUCUCUCGUAUCUCAGCUCUGAUCUUGUUUACGUGGUACUCUUCCCGCAAUUGUUGACCGUCGUUCAUUGGCCCUCUUUGGUGGAUACUUAUGGAUGCCUCGCGGGUUACUUUGUGGCUGUUGUUUUGCGUCUUUGCGGAGGAGAGAAAGGUUUAGGUGUGCCAGCACUGAUCGAGUAUCCCUUUUACGAUACCGAGACACAGUCCCAGAAAUUUCCUUUCCGUACUGCAGCUAUGAUAGUCGCACUCUUCACUCAGCUUAUAACGAGUUUCUUUACGAGGAACCUUCUUGGAAAGGGAUACUUUCCACGAUGCUGCGACGUUCUUAGCGUUUACUCGCCAGGGAAAUCGAAGGACCAGUCGGGAGUCGUGCAGAGCAGCUCUGGAGCAGCGCUGAUGGACACUUCCUCCGUUAAUAAAUCCACCUCAGGCAUGGACUCCUGCGAAGGUCUGGGAACGGGGAGCUACGAAGACGACCGCACAACCACCAAUUCCGUCGAAGACAUGACCGAUCGUGGCGAUACCGGUACCGUGGCAAGUGAUCCAUACGAGAAAGAAACACCGAAAAUCAACAACAUCGCUUCAGCUGCUCAAAAGGCCAAUCAAAGCCUUCAACAUCUCCAAACAUUACGAAACUCCAUACACACGAACACUUUGAGCGGUAGACACACACCAACCCCAAAUCAAUACACCCCCAUACAGAGCAACGAAGUAUCCAGAGGUCAAAUACUAGGUGUACGAAAUCUACGUGGUUCUAUGGGACAGAUGUUGUUGCCGACCGAUCGACCGGUCAUCUCUCCCAGCAAUAAUCCAGGUAUAGUGAACAUUCCGACGAAUUCCACGGCGACUACGCCAAUGACACCUGGUCCGCAUUACGCGAAAACAAACGAGGGAUCUAUGGUGAACGAGAAGACGAGGGAAAACGAGAGGAUCAGCAUCGUGGACAGAGGGAACACGGAAUUUCAAACUGUCCCUGAUAACAUGCUGACCACGAUCAAUGUAAAGAAGAACGUGAAAGGGGUGAAACUUGUCGGGAUGGAGGGGGGAACGUUGAGGAGACCGUCGUUGCAGGGCACGUUCUCACCGACACCGUCGGUGGAGCUUGUCCAUAUACUGGACAGGAGGCAGAGUAGCGGUUCGUAUGGGCCUGGUUCGCUUUCUCCUGUUCCUAUGGGGCUGGAGGCGUGCAAGACACAUGGGACUGCACUGGAGGGACAGGGUGGAAACGAGCAUUGCAGAAUUAAGAGGGGCAUCGUCAGGCAUCAUAGCUUCAACGACACGGGAGACCGCGCGCUUACCACGUUGGCCAGGCAGCCAACCUACCCCUCGAUGCCGCUACGCCCGGAGGAUUGUCGAAUGACGCUGGCUAAAAAGGACAGAAGAACGUCGACGAUCGCUCGUCACGGCUCCGUGACGAACGAGAAGGAGCUGACCGGUUGUACAGCCGGACUGGUCGUUUGCAGUCCCACGUAUAACAUGUACAGCUCAGCUGUGAAGAAUUCCAACUACUUCGUGACAGACGACGAGGCGGUCAGCAGGUUCUAAGGACUAACUAAGCGAGAGGAGACUACGGCUCGUAAAAGGACAAUCGAGAUGCUACCGAUGCGACAGCAGACGAAAAGAGCGCGCACAC